GACACAUUCGCGCCGUGCUAAUCUCACUGGUGCCCACCGUUUUAUGUUCCCUUUGGGCGCUUUCGCGUUUUGGCUAGUUAGCAACCCCCCGGAAUAACCAAAGUGCAAAUCAUGGAGGCCAAAAAGUCUGUCCGGUCUUGGAGACCCCGCGGGACGGAUUGGCAACCCAAAGACGGCCGAAUAGUCGAGGUGGCUUACUUCCGUUUAUUUAGCCUCCGUUCCACAUAAGUACUUGCAGUUGGAAGUGAAUUGCUAGCAAUGGCUGGCGCGUGAGUGGCUUGAUGUUGGAGCGAUAAAGGCCUCAUUUAUUUCAUGAUCAUUCCCCCCUUUCAACCAACCCACCCUCAUCUCCUUUGUCGGUUUUCACUUUUUUCCUCUCUCCAUAUUCUUUGCCUCAAUUGAGAUUUUCUCAAGUCUUUUGACAAAAACUGAUCUGCAAAGCUUUCGGCGGGGUUACGUGCUCCAGGACACAAUCUCGACGUCACCAUCAAUCCCCCCCAAAAUUCAGACUUGUCUCGACCAGGUCAAGUUCGACCGAUCAAAGUCGUAAUCGCAGGCCUCUCUCUGGCUGACUAACAGGCGAAUCCUUGCACAUCGUAUCCGUCAUCGUCAACAGCAGGGUCUCUCUGGUGUCUCUCCAGGACCCUGAAACACAUCCGUGGAAACCGGUCAUUUUCGCAAACAUAUUUGCACCGUAACAAGAUUAUAGCAGCAUACAUUCUUGUCAAACCCGCAGAUAAGCAAUUUGGGGUAACUUUUUGACACGUCUUCCCGUACGAACAGUAACAGAAUUCUUUGUUUACAUUAUUCACUCUUGUCUCUUUUUUAACCUCAAAACCGGUCAGCCCUGGCUCGCCUGCCCCUCUUUAUAACUUAGCUUGCGUGCAUAUCUCUUACGUAGCUUUGGCUGCAUGCAUCUGCAAGCACCUUGGUUCAUUGGGACUGGGCACGCGACAAUCUCAAUUACCACUUUGACUUGAGGUCAACACUUUUGCAGAUUUGCGAAACAUUAGGGGUUACUUGGUAAUACUUGACAUACAAAAAAAGGAUCUUUUUUGUUGGCACAUUCACAAUGUCGCUGCGGUCAUGGUUCCGUGGCUCCGGCACGACGACACCAAAGUCGUCGGCCGGACCAUCGAGAGCCACAACACCGCCUUCCGGAGUUCAAGGGACCGUCAUGACUGCUGAGCAGCAGGAACUUGCGGAUUUGAGCGAUGCGAUGCAGGCUAUGGCUCAUAUUAUGAAUGAUGAUCCGGAGAGUGCAGAGGCUCAUCUGCGACAGCGCAAAGAUCCCAGCUCAUUCCACCUGUUGGGUCUGGGUGUCUCUAUAUUCAUGCGCUCGAUCCUCGGAUUCGAAAAGGACGUCAUGGCCGAGGCCUCGAAAUGUAUCGCUGACUGCGAGACGCGGUCGUGGAACGAUAAGGUCAAGGGCGAGAGGCGAGAACCUGCGACAGACGGCAGGCUGUUCCCUAACGGGUCCGAGUUUGCUAUCGUGUACGCCCAGGCGCUGCUCAUGAACGCUGUGGUUAGCGUUCUCCAUGAGAGUCUUACGGAUGCGCUAAAGGCAUUCUAUAAGCUGCGAAAGGCCAUGGCCGUUAUGAGCAGCAUAUCAGCGGCAGAAGAAAAGAUUAUGAAAGAACAAGGCGCAUCUAGCGCUAGAGGUAACCCUUUUGAGCAGGCAUCAACAGCUUCCGGCAGUGGGAAUCUGGCAGCAGAAGACGAAGACAGCGACCUUGAAUUCGUAGAUGCCGACGAGAAGGUGUCACCUGAAGCCCCGAUACAUGUCACCUAUGAUGGUCACACGAGCACAAAAGACUCUACAAGUCAGCCAGCGACUGACGCGGCGACUUUGGAGGGGAAGUUACAAGCACUUGAAAUACCAGAUGACUCGGAUACCAAGUCUCAUCUCAGCAAAUCCGCAGUCGAGUCUCAGGUACCGUCAUUGUCAGCAUCGCGAGCACCCUCGCCGGGGCCGCCUCCUCAGCUCACCGAUGCAGCUUCCGACGGUAGCCUUUUCACUCACCCGAUAGACAUCUUUAUUCAUUCCGCAAUCAACAUGUGCUAUGGAAGUCUCAUGCUAGUUCUCUCCAUGGUGCCACCCGCUUUUUCACGGCUGCUGGGUAUCAUCGGCUUCCGCGGUGACAGAGACAAGGGUCUUCACAUGCUAUGGCAAAGCGCCGCUCAUCCCAACAUGAACGGCGCUGUUGCUGGGCUUUUGCUUCUGGGAUACUACCACGGCCUGCUGGCAUUCGCCGAUGUCCUCCCUAGCGAGCGCGAUGUGGCGGAGCUUGCAGAACCGGACGAGAUAGUAGGCUACCCGCGCGGGCGGUGUAUCGAGCUGCUCCGCGUGAUGCGCGAGCGGUAUCCUGCUUCCGGCCUAUGGCGAAUGGAACAGGCUCGUGUUCUCAUUGGUGAGAAAAAGCUCAAGGAGGGAAUCGAGAUGCUUGAGAAGUGUGGCGACGCCAAGAUGAGGCAGGUCACGGCUUUGAGCACGUUCGAACUGGCCGUUAGCUCAAUAUGCUAUCUGGACUGGCCGCGCAUGCACAGCUCCUUUGUGCGCAUGGUCGAGCUCAACGACUGGAGCCAUGCUCUUUACUAUUUUAUUGCCGGCUGCGCCCACCUUGAGAUGUACAGGGAUGCCGUGCAUGAGCUUGGUGGUCUAUCCGAGCUUUCGGAGGAUGGGAGCGAAUCGGAGAAGGAGGUCAAGGCAGGCGACGUCAAGGUUACAGCGACAAAGGACAGGUUGGACGUGGAGGACAUUAGAAAGAAGGAGUUGAUUUCCAACGCCCGGAAGUACAAGAAGAGCGCCGAGACUUUGUUCCGAAAAGCACCCACCACGGCCGGCCGCAAGCGGUUCAUGGCUCGACAAAUGCCUUUUGAGGUCUUUGUGAUGCGUAAAGUGGCCAAGUGGGAGGAGCGCGCCACGGCACUCAAACUCGAUCUUGCAGAUGCCAUAGGUCCCAGCCCAGCAGCAGAGAUGAUAUAUCUCUGGAACGGUGGAAAGCGCAUGAACCUGGAGCUCAUCGAGAAGGCGAUGACCAUCUUGGAAUGGGACAGGUGCACUUCAAGUGCGACGGUCGCCAAGGUUAAGGAGGAACACGAUGAGGUUGCAAUCCACGGUGUUGGGCAGGCCGCGCUCCUCCGGCAUGCUGGCCGGGGCGAUGAGGCCAAGGGGAUAUUGCUGGAUAUUUCGGCCUAUGAUCGUGCUACAUGCAAAGGCGGAAACAAGGAUGACUACAUCCUCGCAUCGGCCACCUACGAGCUGGCAAUGCUGGCCUGGGACGACGUCUGCCGUCCCGAGCGAUGGCCGACGGACGCUGACGAGGUGGAAGAGUUCCGUCGCAAGAAGACGGAAGAAUGUUACACUCUGCUCGAGACGGUGGCCAAGUGGGAAACAUAUGUUCUCGAUGCACGGUUUGGCAUGCGUGUGCAAACUGGACUGGACACAGUCAGGUGGCUGAGCAAAAAGAAGGGGUGGACGUUGUAGUGACUGGGUUGUGAGAAGCAGGAGAAUGGACACACUGAUUACAUAGCAUUGCGCAUAUACGAGCGUGUGAGGUUCAGUUCUGUUUUUUUUUUUUUUUCUCUCUUCUUUUUUUCGCUGCAAUCUCAUUUUCCGGGCUUGGUUUGGGCUUACACUGCGUUGCAUUGGGGGUAGACUGGCUGGGAAUAUUACGUUUUUUCAUCUACUAGGGCUUUACACCGAUGGAGGAAAAUACACUAACUCCAGCUUAUUCUGGUCUGUUUAUCGAUUAAUUCGCCGGUUUUUCAACAUUGAGCUCAACCGCCCUCAAGGCAUUGAGAGCCCCCGAAGCCACCACUGCCGUAUCCUGCUGACACAGCAGAUAUUUUGCCCCAAGGGUCCGCACCACCCAGCCCUGGAUCUCGGGCUGGUCGUAGAUGCCAGCCAGGGCCAUGAUCUUGCCGUGCUUUUUACACGCUGCGGCGAUGGCUUCGAGCGCCGACCGGAAUUCCGGGGUCGUAAACGCCCCCGGCGCGCCCAGGUCGAUUGCCAGGUCGUUGGACCCGACUAGCAAGACGUCCACGCCCGGCACGGCGGCGAUGGCGUCGACGUUGGCCACGGCCCGCUUGUCCUCGAUCAUGACCAGCACCGUCGAGCCCAACGUGUUGCCCUCGGCGAUGACGGUUGCUUGCGGCACGGCCUCGAGGUUGAAGAUGGGCAGCUGGCCCGUCAUGGACCGCACGCCCUGCGGUGGGUAUUUGGAGAUUGAUACUGCAGCUUUUGCGUCCUCUGGUGGGAGACCGGACGGCAAAGGGGAAAAGAUUGGGGGUUUGCUGUUAGAUGUCCCAACAUCCCGAUGGCAACUUGGCGUGUGGGGGGAUGGUUUCGACAUUUGAACAAAGAGCUGAAAGACAAAGGGGGGUGGGGUGGAGGGGCCCUCUCAUGACUUACCGACGCUAGAGACAUGGGGAAAGAUGACGCCCAUGGCGCCGCCGUCCAGCACCCUCUGCACGAAGCCGUUGCCGCACUGGUGGGGGACGCGGACGAACGGGGUCAGGCCGGCGUUGAGGCUGGCGUGGCUGAGGAUGCUGGCGUCGGAGAUGCUGAGGUUGGAGUGCUCCAGGUCGAUGAACAGGCUGUCGUAGCCGGCGUUUUUGACGAGCGUGGCUAUGGUCGGGUGGGCCAUGGCUUUUACGCCAAAGGCCUGCUUUGGGGGAGUGGUUUAUAGGGACAUUGGUCAGUCAAUGUUUUCUAUCAAAGGGAUGGGAGGUCUUGUGCUUGCCUUGCAUAGCUGGCCUGCGGCCGCUUUCCGUAUGAGGUUGUUUGCAAACAUUCCCAUUGCGGUUGCGUGCUGUGUGGUUGGAGAGGAUAAUAGGGGUAAUUGGAUUGGUCUCAAGACACUUGUAGUGACAAUAGACGGAAUCAGACGGUUUCAAUGUCAGAGACAGAAGACUUUCUGCAGUGAAAUAAAAUGCACAUGAGAAUUUACGAGGAGAA